AGUCUACAAAGGAAGGUACAUUAUUCCAGACAUUGUGGGCAGCUAUCGUAGAAGUAUAGAUACCGCCGUAUUCCUGACCUUGGAAAGCAAAAGUUCAGCCGGAUUGUUGAAUUGAUAGUUUGCGACCACGAUGGCUCCUCAAAAAGAUCCUUUUCGAAGCGCGAGGCUCAUCUACCGCGCCGUCCGCGGCGCAGAAGACGACGCUGUCUUCGCGGCGAUCAACGACGACCCGAUCGGGUACAUGAACAGCAAUGCCGGGAACAACCAUCUCCCAGGGCCUAGCGAUGCGGAAAGGUUCCGGAAGAGCAUGGACGACAAUUUGCUUUCUGCUAUAAUAUGCCUCCCCGAAGACCUCCCUGCGCCACCCCCACCCCCAGGAUCUUCCUCCACACCUGAAACCACCACCACCACAGCUAAUUCUAACCCCAACCCCCGCGCCGGCACCCCCAUUGGCCAGAUCCACCUCAGCAAUCUCUCCCCGCGCAUGCGACACCACCGCAACACCGAAAUCGGGAUCGACAUCCUGCCCGCGUACCAAGGCCGCGGCUACGGCAGCGAAGCCAUCCGAUGGGUGCUGGACUACGCCUUCCACCGGGCUGGCCUGCACAAGGUGCGCAUCCGGGCGUUUGAGUGGAACGAGGGGGCGUGCAGGUUGUAUCAGCGGCUGGGGUUCGUAGAGGAGGGGAGAGAGCGCGAGAGCUUGUGGCAUGAGGGGAGAUGGUGGGAUGGUGUGGAGUUUGGGAUGGUGGAGGGGGAGUGGAGGGCGUUGGUGGAAGAAGAGAAGAAGAAGAAGGGGGAGGAGAAGGAGGUGGUUGUAUAGACUAGUUGAGCCUGGGGCUGUGCUGCGGUGUUGGCCAGCUCGUUCGUGCCUCAUACUUUAGUGCUCAUCAACCAGCCCAAAGUCCGUGAGAGGCAAGUGCCUAGUGCCUACGCUGGCAAUGUGAUCCUGAUCAUUUUUAGGUCAUGUCGGGCAUGAUUGGAAGAACAGCCAAGUCUAAAUACUAUAUC